AUGAAGCUUAGUGGGUUGUUGAUCUGGGCCGCGGUAUUGACGGCCACUGUUCAACUUGAAAAAAGAUAUAAAGGUAAGAUCAUUAAUAAAGAAUAUGCUAAACAACAAGAAGAGCAAAAGAAGAUUCUUGCGGGAGAAGACCCCGAAUCGUCUUCUACCAUGCCUAAACCAUGGAUUCGUACAAUUUAUGAAAGUCAAGUUGAGAUUGUGACUCCAACCGUAAUUGCAGGAGUUACGUUUAGUGCCAAACCACCGAAGACUACUGAUGGAUUAGAACCAUGGAUUUCGUUGAAUAAAGAUGGAUCUCCCAAAACCAUAAGACCGCAAAUGAAGAAUGGGAGAAUUAAAAAGGCAUCACCAACGUAUGAUACAUGGUUUGCCAAACCAACCACCAUUCAAUAUACAAAAGAACAAUUGAAAGCCCAUAAUAUGGCAGAUGAUCAAAUUCAUGAGGAAGUUGAGUAUAUUGACGAAGAUCAGACUUAUCAUCAAUUAAACCCAUUGAUCAGAUGUACUCCUGAUCUGUAUCAUAAGAAGGGAUUAGGAAAAGAUAUUCCAAGUGAACCAUUUUGUUUCCCUCAUGAUAAUCAAUCAUUGAAAAGGGAUCGUACGUAUUUUGUUACAUGGUAUUCAAAAUUCUUCGAAGAAGAUGUUAAGAAUGUUAAAAUUCAUUUAUCGUAUAUUAAAGAAAAGGCCAGAUACAAAGGAAUGAAAAGAGACGUUAACGAAACAGCCAUUGCGAAAAGAUCGAAAGUGAUUGAAAAUGGUGGUACCAUUCUGCAAGCUUCGUUUUUCACUAGUGAUUGGAUCUCCAAUGACCAAGGUUUCUUUCCGUUAACUAUUUUACCAGAAUGGUUUGGAGAAAAAGCAUUUGAGCAUAAGGUUUUAUUAAGUAUUCAGCCAGAUACUGUCAAGGACGAAGAGUUCAACCAUAUGGAUAAAUACGUGGUGAUUGAAAUUGCCAUUGGUGCCAAAGUUUCCAAAGAACAUCUUACUGAUUUAAAACAGUUAGAAGAAAAAUGGAGAAAACAACAAUUAGCCGGUGAAAUUGACGAAAUCGAAGAAGGUAUCGAUUAUGACAAGUACAUUGUCAUGUUAACUAUGCCCACCUGUGUUGCAAUCGCUGCUUUGGCCAUGUAUAUAUUUGUUUGGAUCAAUAAGAGAAACACCGAUUUAAGCCAUUUAACUAAAAGAAAAUUCGCCGGUAAAAGUACUAAACAUAGAAGAAUUCCUUUCAAGAAAAAUAAUGGCUAUAGUGAAUUACCUCAAUAUACCGAGAAUAUAGAAAUGUCAAAACGAGAUUAA